UGUCAGGUACAGCAGAAUCUGUGCAGGGAGCUGAACACUGGAAGUAUGGAGAGGGGUCUGUGUGUCUGUCUGCUGCUCCUUCUCUGCUACGUCCAGCAGUGUCACUCAGCAAGCAAUGAGACGGUGGUGAGUUUGCUGCAAUGUCCAGAGACCAGUAUUUGUGACGUGGCCAGCCGCUGCUGCGAACCCGGCAUGGACAGUUAUGGAUGGAUCGCGGCCACUGUCGGCUGGGCCUUGUGGUUCUUCACACUGAUCCUCCUCUGCAUCGGUAAGGUGAUGGACCUCCGUCCGGACGAGCCCAAAUACCUCCAGGCCUGAGGGACACUCAGAGUGAUGGAC